AUGUUAAACUCGAAGAGCCUGGAACUUAACGUCGCAGAACAAGGUAUUUCAAAACAAAGCAAAUCAGGGAUUUAUGCCAUUCUUGAUCACGGACAGCACGAAAACUCAGCAAUCCCGUUAAGUCCGAACCUUCUUUCGUUUAAUGAAAAAGGUUUAAAUAAAAAAUACCUCCAAGCAUUAUACUGCUUAGGAGAAAAUCCUAGAAAACUGUCCCAAGAGUUCAGAAAUAACUUACUCCCCCCCCAUCCUUGAUCGAACGAUUUUCAUAUCAUGACAAUUUUUAUAUAUAUAAAAAUAUAAUAGUUAUCAAAAGCUUGGGAAGAUUUACCUAAUGAAAUUGUUUUCAGAGACUUUGAGACGAUAGAAAGCUUCGGAAUCAACUCUUCAAAGUAAUUUAGUCAUCAACAUGGGCUUAAAAAACUCAAUAAUCUAAUAAAAUAGAGAUUUUUUUUAAAAUUUAAAAAAAAACAAUUUUAAUUUAAUAAGUAACAAAUUAAAAUUUAUACAGUUUAAAGGGGUAACUAAUAAAUUAAAAUAUAAAAAAUUGGUAUUUUUAUGAAAUUUAAUUCAAUUUUUUGCUGUAAAAAUAAUUAUUAAAUACUCUUAACCCUCUUAUUUAAAAGUAAAUAAAAAAAAAUUUAUAUAUAUAUAUUUUAUUUUAUAUAUAAAUUUUUUUUCCAAAAAAAUGUUUUUUUAACCCCCAUCCUUGAUCGAACGAUGGCGAGUCGUUCGAUCAAGGAUGGGGGGAGUUACUAAUUUUUUACUUAUUUUUAGCACUUUAUAUAAUAGCACAGGCCGUAUUUGCCUUACUUAUACACUCAGAAGGAAAUCAAACGGACGGGGAAUUAUUAUUUCACUUGGUCUCACUUUCAAUUAUAGCUCUAAUUGCUUUACUUAUACUUAUCGCAUUAUGCAAAAGCUCAAAUUUUCUUAUCAAUAAUAGAAUUUGGUUUUUUACACUUGCCAUAGUAUUUCUAGCCUAUAUUAUAUUGGGAGACCAUCGGAUCUUAUGUGGAAUAACAGGAACCUCAUACACUCACAAUCAAUUGCCCACAUCAAUUGGAAUUGUCUGCUUUAUUUCAAUGUUCCGAGUAGUCAUUUUUGACUGUUUUUAUUACAUUUUUAUUCUUAGUUCACUAUCUGCCCUUCUAUUUUUAGGCCUUUCUUUAGGCUAUUCCCCAGCUUCUGACUAUUCCGUAGCAGCCGAGUUUACAAUUAUAGUCAUUUAUCUGAUGUUCCAAACUCUAGAAGCCCAGCAAACUGACUACAGGAUGAGGAACUUAUUUUGGAGAAAAACCAAAGAAGAAGAAAACUCCAGGCCAUAUUUUAAAGAAAACCAAAAUAGCGAUCAGGCAGAAAUUAAAACAGAAACUGAGCUAUUGGUUUCAGCCUGCGAUAAAAUAAAGCAGAAUAUAAAAUAUGCAUCAUCUGUAAUACUGUUCAAAGAUGUAAAAAAUCAGCUAAAAUCUGCACAGAAACAGCUGGAAAACAUUAAAAAGAAAAUUGCAAGAGGGACGUUUUGGGCUGAAGUCAGGAUUGAGCACAAUUUAAAUAUUGAUGAUCAAGACCGAGCUUUUAUUAAUGAAAACUUCAUGGAUAUGGAUGCAUCAAGAAGGCUGUCAGAGCAUACAAAUGAAAGGAGGACUACAAUUAAUGAUGUUAACGAUAAAGUCUAUGCUUUUCCAUUUGAAACUUAUGGAGUGGAUGAGCUUGAAAGUGUGCUAUCUUCUGUAGGCAAACUCUGGAAUUUUGAUAUAUGGUUUGUCCAUGGAGCAACUGGGCAAAGUAUUUCUAUAGUCGCGAAAUACUUGUUUACGAAAUAUGACUUGAAAACUGUGUAUGGGAUUUCUGAUAUAGUAAUUGAUACAUAUUUUCAGACACUAGAAAAAAGCUAUAAAAAUAACCCUUAUCAUAAUGCUUGCCAUGCCGCAGAUGUCUUGCAUACUUUGCUUUAUUUUUUCACCCAAAGCAAUUAUGUAACCUCGCUUGAACCUCUUGAUAUGCUUACUUCUAUUAUAGCUGCAUUAGGUCACGAUGUAGGCCAUCCAGGCUUAACAAACAGAUUCCUUGUAAAUAACCGUGAAGAGGUCGCAAUCCAAUACAAUGAUAACAGUGUUCUUGAAAACAUGCAUUGCUCUAGGACAUUUAGUUUAUCGCGCUUGCACGUAUAUAGCGUGCUCUUGAGCUAGCUCUUUGACUACAACGGUGAGUCUGAAAAGUCAACUCUAAGCUGGCAAAUAUUAAAGAAAAGACCAGCUUUUAAGCCUGAAGCUGACUUGUUAGAUUUACAAAUUGCAGGCAUAGAUCUGGCGUGAAACCAUGCUAUAUGCGUGUAAGCGUUAUAAUGGGGAAAAAAGACUGUAAUUUAUUUGAAAAACUGUCCAAUGAAGAUUGGCUAAAGGCAAGAAAAUCCAUCAUUGAGAUGAUCCUUGAAACUGAUAUGUCAAGACACUUUGAAAUUUUAGGAAGAUUCAGGACCAGAGCCCUUGUUUUGUCUGAUUUAACCCUUGAUAAUUUUGAUGACAGAGUCCUUAUUUUUUCGAUGGGACUGAAAUGUGCUGAUAUAGGACACUCAGCAAAGGUUCCAGAAUUGCAUGAAAAAUGGACAAAAUUUGUAUGUGAAGAGUUUUACAAUCAAGGAGAUAUAGAAAAAAGCAGAAAACAGCCAGUUUCUAUGUAUUGUGAUAGAGAGCAUGCUGAUAUAGCCAAGAGUCAAGCUGGGUUUUUAAAAAAUAUCUGUAUACCUCUAUUCGAGGUAUGAUGUGGGCACCUACGGUCAGACAUUCUAAAUAAAAAUUGCCUUAACCAGCUAAAAGAAAACCAGCAGAUAUGGGAAGAAAAAGGCCGAGCCAGAAGAGCUACCAAUUCUUAUCAAGUUUACGAGCACUCCCCAAGCUUCCAAGAAGUUAUUGACAAGCGUAAAAGCAUGCAUGUUUCUGAAAAAUAUGCAAAAAGGCCCACCGACUUACUUAAGCGCUAA